AAAGAAACGUCAGAAAUUUUAAAGUUUGAAAUGAAACAUGAAUUGUCUUUCGAGAAUAACUUGGCCGUCGCAUCAUAUAAAGAUAAAGAUCACUGUGUUAAAAUGUUACAUCGCAGUUCAAAAUUUCUCAAAAUCGGCACAGCUUCACGCACAAAAUGUGGAGAAAAUCGAAAAAAAAGACAAGCCGCCGGAACCGACAAUAAUCAAGUCGAAUUUUAAAAGAUUCAAAAUAUACAGAUUCGAUCCCGAGAGUAGACAGUUUAAAAAGCCUCGCAUGCAAGAAUACACGAUAGAUUUAAAUGAGUGUGGCCCUAUGGUUUUAGAUGCCCUGGAGUACAUAAAAAAGGAGCAGGAUAGUACUUUAACAUUCCGAAGGUCCUGCAGGGAAGGUAUAUGCGGAUCCUGUGGAAUGAACAUAAAUGGUGUUAAUAAGUUGGCGUGUUUAGAGAGAAUGCGAUCUAAAGGCAGUAUAAAAAUUUACCCCUUGCCUCACAUGUAUGUCGUUAAGGACUUGGUCGUCGAUUUUAAUAAAUUUUUGGAUCAGUAUAACAGAAUUAAACCAUAUUUAAUAAAAAAAACUGAGGGCUAUAAAGAAGGAGACGAGACGUUUUUACAAAGCAUCAAAGAUCGAACCAAACUAGACGGCCAUGUAGAAUGCAUCUUGUGUGCUUGUUGUUCGACGUCUUGUCCUGAAUACUGGUGGCAUGGCCACUCAAAGCAGCCCAACGAUUUCUUGGGACCCGCGACACUUUUAAAUGUGUAUCGUUGGAUCCUCGACUCCAGAGAUGAAGGAACAGCGGAAAGGCUCAAUCAGCUGAAGAACUAUUAUUCUGUGUACCGAUGCCACCAAAUCAAUAAUUGCACAAAUUGUUGUCCCAAAAGAUUGAAUCCCGGGAAAGCCAUCGCUAACUUACGGCUGAUUUUGGCCGGACUUAAACGGAAAUCAAAGUCGGAAAUGCGCGGAAGCGUGAAGUCCGAUCACGAAAAGGCGACUAAAAGUGAUGGAAAAUUGUCCCCGUCCAAAUCGAAAUCAUAAUAAAAUGAAUUUAUUUAUUUCAACAAUUAUAGAUUUUACAUUCAACCCGCCAAAUUAGUUUUGUCUUCUAUGGCUUUGACCG